GGAUGGAUCAAGCAAUGAGCGCGGCAAAGGCCCAAUUAAGGAAAGCUAAUAUUUCACUUCAUGCUCUCCUAAAGGCAAGAGAGACGACGUUCGAUAGUCCGCGGGAGUUGGAUGCACGUGCAUUCUGUUCGCUGGAAGAAGGGCUCACGACCUUGUAUGAAGAGCGACUUCUUCCACUGGAACAAGAGACCCAAUUUCAGCAUUUCUCAUCCCAUUCUCGACUCCUCGAGGCCGACUUCUAUGCAAAGCCUAUCGUGCUCAUCAUAGGACCUUAUUCCGUCGGAAAGACGUCACUAGUGGAACGCCUUCUAGGCCGGUCCUAUCCAGGAAUGAGGGUUGGGCCAGAACCAACAACCGAUCGGUUCGUUGUUAUUGGCUAUUCUUCAACAGAUAUCACCACACCAGGAGGAGCACUGAUUCUGCCAUCCAAUCGCGAGGAAACUGGAUCCAGAGGCCGCGGAGAAUUUCCCAAGACUGGUCUAGAGAGGUUCGGGGCUGCUUUCCUUGACCGUUUAAUUGGUGCAUCACUUAACGCCCAAAUCCUCCAACAGAUUACGCUUAUCGAUACGCCCGGCGUUAUCUCAGGAACAAGAAACUAUGAUUAUGUUGGCGCAAUGGAAUGGUUCGGGGAAAAGAGUGACCAAAUUGUGGUCAUGAUGGAUGCACUUAAGCCCGAAAUAUCGGACGAGCUCAAAACAGUAUUAGAGUCACUGAAAAGAUAUGCACAUAAAAUGCGGUUCAUUAUUAACAAGGCUGACGAGAUAACAUCAGACGAGGAACUUAUGAAGGUAUACGGAGCUAUUCUUUGGUCUCUGGGACAAGUACUCGGUACACCAGAGGUUCCUGACAUCCUACUGGGAUCAUUCUGGAGCCGGGGCGCUCGGGCAGAUUCAAAAAACUCUGAAAUGUUCAUGGCAAACCUGAAACGACUCGACGCAGAGAUAGCUGAACUUCCGUGCAAUUCUGCUUUGCGUAAAUUGGAUCAAAUCCUUCGAAGAGCUCGCCAAGUACGCGCACAUGGUCUUCUGAUUAACUUUUUAAAGGAACAUUAUCCCACAGUUCUCAAAAAGGGAGCUUCUUCCCGCCUUUCCACAACGGAACUGUCAGAGAUCUUUGAACAACUGGUAUCUAAGUACAAGAUCUCUAUGGGUGACUUACCAAAGGCCUCGGCGAUGCGUAAGAAGCUUCGGUGGUCAUCGGAUCUACACAACUGCUCAGCAGAGAAAAUACUAUCGUUGUUGGAUGAAGUCAACCAUUUUAUUGAUGUAGACAUUCCAGCUCUUCUAGAUAUGUCUCAAAGGAAAGAGCCGCUACAUGUCAAAGCAAUCUUUGGCCAGCAAAUGCGACAGGUGGUUGCUGAGCACAUUUCCGCUCAACAACAUGCCAAAUAUGAAGAGAUGUUUAAUCGUAUGUCCAGCCGUGUACAAGCGAUGAACGGUGUGGAAAUACGUGCAGCCUUACAAGAAGAAAACGUAUCGCUCGAUACUGCCACAUUUACUAUGCUUUGGAAUUUCGUAAAUAUUGAAAAGCAGGAGCAACUGGACAAGAAGCUUUUUGCAGUCUUCAUGCACCUCGUUGAUCACUGGCGUCACGAUGAGAAAUCGUCCUGUAUUUCUCUUGUCGAGCGACUUAUGGAGAGUGAUGCCGUUACUUCGUUGCCUUCAAAUGGUGUGAAGCUAGUUGUUCGGGAUGAUGUCAAAUCGCAUCGUUGCGGAGAUGCUUGAUUUUGCGUAACGGUCGUUUACUAUCAGUAACCGUAACUAUAUGUCCGCGUCGGAUGAAGCGAAUAUGAUAACGGCUAAUUAGAUUUAUAAUCGAAUGGUUUAAUUAGCAAUCAUGUAGGACGUCUAGGGAAUGAAGCUAUAAGGCCUCAUGCAAUUUCCUAUUAUUUUCAUCUCUUUCAUUUAUUCAAUACAAUAGUGGAAAAAGUGCACCAAGCCCAUGGACUUCAAGUUACACGUAAUAGACCGUAAAUCUAUUUCAAUAAUACGUUCAACUUCCUAUGCGUGGAGCCCGUUCCUUCAUACAAUUGUUGAAUAAACAGAGAAAUACGUUUUGGCUUUGUGGUUAAGCCAAGCCACGGUGUGAUACGAUGCCGUAUGGUUUAAGGAACAAUUCAGCAACAUAAAUAUAUGCACAC